CAACUACGUAAUCACCGAGGCCACGGUUUGAUGACGCCAUCGUGUGACGUCAAAUACAUGCGACUCAAAGCAGCGAUGGCGGUGGUUCAGCAAAAACUAGAGAAAGAGCGAGAGGAGUGCUCUUUGCUGCCUUUGGUUCAUGACAUUAUCAAAUGCAUGGACAAAGACAGCCAGGAUGUCCACCAAGAACUGGCCAAACUGAAAACAAAGAUCCAAGAAGCUCGAGAGCAGAUCGCCAACAUGCCCGGGAUAGACAGCAGCCCAGUGGACCAGCAGCAGCAGCUCGCCACGCUGCGGGAGCAGGUCCGCACCAAGAACCAGCUGCUUCAGAAGUACAAAAGUCUGUGCAUGUUUGACGCGCCCAAAGCAUCGUGACAAUACAAACUGGAUUAAUGCUCAAAGGAGGAGACGCUCAGAGACAGUCAAGUUGCAGGGGGACUGUUUACGUCCUUAGCUGUGGAGCUCAUAUUCAGGAAUAUAACUGACUUUCCUAUAGAUGUGCCAUAAUAAUGCAGGCACGCUUAUGUGGCAUUUAUAUUUAAUUUUGUCUGUCAGAUUUUCUUACUAUGUAAUUAUAUUUUUUUUAUUAAAAGCUACAACAUGAAGAAUCA